AUGACUCAGGAGGACAUCCCAAAGCGGUUCCUGGCAACAGAAGGACGAUUUCCAAAGCCUCGAAAAGAAAUGGCUCCAAACAGCUAUCGGCUGAUUCAGCUCCGAAGAUGCGCGACUGGGAUAUGUCUGCUCAUCGCACUGUUAACCUCGCUCACACUUCUACUAGGUUACCUCGAGAGGCCGGCACGGCUAGUGAACGGGAGGAGCGGGUGUGAGGGGAGGCUGGAGAUCAUGUACAACGGGACCUGGGGCACGGUGUGCGACGAUGACUGGGACAUAGUCGACGCCAACGUGGUCUGCCGGCACCUGGGGUGCGGGCGAGCUCGCUCGGUCUCUACCAACCUGGCCUUCGGCAAGGGCUCGGGCCCCAUCCUGCUGGACAAUGUGGAUUGCAAAGGGACAGAGCGUUCACUGAGCCAGUGUGGCAGCCUGGGCUGGGGCAUCCACAACUGCUACCACUAUGAGGACGUCUCCAUCAUUUGCAAUGAUUUCAGUUCCCCAUCGCUCAGCCCAGUGAGUAAGAACGUGGCUUCGGCAGAGAAGAGCGUGGAAGAGGGCAGCAUCCGCCUGGUGAAUGGACAGAACCCUUGCCAGGGCCGAGUGGAGAUCAAGCAUAGAGGGCAGUGGGGCACGGUGUGCGAUGACGACUGGGGCCUCAGUGACGCCAGCGUGGUGUGCCAGCAGAUUGGCUGUGGCAAGGCCGUCUCGCACACCACCAAUGCCUACUUUGGCUACGGCACAGGCCGCAUCCUCCUGGACAACGUGAACUGCGAUGGUGCGGAGACCUCGCUGGCGAGCUGCUACAGCCUGGGCUGGGGGGUGCACAACUGCGGGCACCACGAGGAUGCUGGCGUCAUCUGCUCAGAAUCUUGGACAUCCACAGCAGCCCCUGAUGUCCUCUCCACCUUCCUUGUCCCCAAGCAAUAUGAUGCAGAAUCCACCUCGGAUACCAACCUGGUCAAAUCCAUCCGGCUGGUGAAUGGUAACAACAGCUGCCAGGGGCGGGUGGAAGUCUUUCACAACAAUAACUGGGGCACUGUGUGCGACGACGACUGGAACAUCAGGAAUGCCGAGGUGGUUUGCCGGCAGAUGGGCUGUGGCAGGGCAGUGUCCGCCACUCAGCUGGGCUCCUUUGGUUACGGCAACGACCCCAUCCUGCUGGACAACGUCAACUGCCAAGGCACCGAGACUGCCCUCAUCGACUGCUUCAACCUGGGCUGGGGGCAGCACAACUGCGGGCACCAUGAGGACGCCGGGGCCGUCUGUAAAGAGCUCCACACUCCUGAGCUGGAAGACGUUGGUAGAGAGGCUCAGGCCACACUCAGCAUGUCCGUGCCACCGUCCACAAGAGCGGCCGAAGGAGCACUGAUCCGACUGGUUAACGGGAGACACCGAUGUGAGGGUCGAGUGGAGAUUUUCUUGCUGACCCAGUGGGGGACGGUGUGUGACGAUGCCUGGGACCUGAAGGACGCCCGGGUGGUGUGCAGGCAGCUGGGCUGUGGGCAGGCGCUGGCCGCCCGCGACGAGGCCUUUUUCGGGCAGGGAUGGGGCUUCAUCCUCCUCGACAACCUAAAGUGCCGCGGCAAUGAGACCUCCCUCCUCCUCUGCUCCCACAUCGGUUGGGACGUGCACAACUGCGACCAUGGGGAAGACGCGGGGGUGACGUGUGCGCUAUGA